AUGUACCGCGAUGUUUGGCCAUCUGCCACCGUGGAUUUGCCCAUCACGGAUGCAAACGAAGGUGUAUUUUUGUGGGUCAAGAUCGGUCUGGUUUUGUUCAGUGGGGUCUUGAUCCCUCUGUUGUGCCCACGGAACUACGUCCCUAUCUACCCCGAAGAUAACCUAGAGCUGCAUCCGGAGCAGACAGCAUCGCUGCUGUCGUUGCUCACCUACAUCCACGUCGAGCCACUCAUUUGGCUCGCGUGGCGUCUCCCCCGGGUGACGUACGAGAUGUUGCCGCCAUUGCCCGAGUACGACCACUUGAAGCACUUGGUCCGGCGUACCUUCCCUCUCCUGGACCCGAUGCAGAACAAGUCGCGCAGACAUCUAGCGCUGGAUUUCAUCAGCGCCUUCCGGAUGGAAUUGCUAAAUCUUGCUGCUAUGUCGAUCGCCGCUGUGCUCGCUGCGUUUGCCGCGCCCAUCAGCAUUAACCGACUGCUCAGUUACCUAGAAUCAGACCGCAAAGAGACCCACGUCCGGCCUUGGUUCUGGAUUGCCCUAUUCUUUUUCGGUAGGGUGUUCAAGGAUAUUUCCGACCAGUGGUUCAUGUACCAUGAGUCGCGUUUAAGCGUGCGCAUCCAGGCGGUCAUUACCGAGCUUGUCUUCGAGCACGCCUUGCGCGUUCGCAUGAAGGCAGAAACUUCGUCCGACACGUCGGAAGCGACACCGUGCGCGGCCAGCACCACCGUCGCGACUCCCGAGGACGCGUCUCAAGCCAGUCUCGAGGGCUCGCAGGACGACGAGGACAGUGCCGAGGGCUCGGGGGAGCGCUCUGUGGCUGAGAACUCGAGCACGGCUGUGCCGCCGAGCGCGACCAGCUCCACCAAAGGGAAGGGCAAGGCAUCUUUGGAGAGCGAAUCCCCGGUAAAGGAGGCAGAGCCCGUCGGUGUGGGCGAGAUGCGCGGCAGCAAGCAUCUCGUCGGGAGGAUCAACAACCUGGUCUCGAGCGACCUCAGCAACUUCGAGAACCUGGGAAUGUUCAUCGCCUUUAUCGCGAUCGAGUGCCCCCUCCAGGUCGUGCUUUGCAUCGUGUUUCUGUACCAGAUUCUCGGAUGGAGCGCUCUUGUUGGGUUCGCUGCAAUGAUCGCCACAGUUCCGCUCCCCGGAUACGUCACGAAGCAUAUCCAGGGUGCCCAGCGGGACAAGAUGAAGCGGACCGAUGCUCGCGUCCAGGCAGUCACUGAAAUGAUGAACGUUAUCCGCAUGGUGAAGCUGUUCGGUUGGGAGCCGCGUAUGGCAGCACAGCUCGACAAGAGACGUGAGGAAGAGCUCGUGGCGGUGCGCAGAAGCAAGCUGCUCAGUCUUUCAAUCAACAUGUGCAACUACUUGAUCCCCGUCGUUAUCAUGCUGUCUACAUUCUUCACCUACACUGUCAUCAUGAAGCAGGAGUUGACGGCGAAGGUCUCCCUAGAGCGACUCUCUGACUUCUUGCGCAACACAGAGCUCAUCGACGAGUUCGAUACACACAAGGACACUGAAACCGAGAUCUCGUCGAACGUAGCGCACGAGUGCAAGGACGCCAUCGGUAUUCGCCACGCGUCGUUCACCUGGUCUAAGGACUCGGCGCCAUCGCAGACCCCGGGAGAGACGCGUCGACGGACGUUCGUACUCAACGUAGACGAAGAGCUGAUUUUCCAGAAGGGCAAGAUUAACCUGAUCAUUGGUGCUACCGGCGCGGGGAAAACGUCGCUGCUGAUGGCGUUGCUUGGCGAGAUGCACUAUAUUCCUGCGGGUUCGGAUUCGUUUGUGAAGCUCCCGAGAGAGGGCGGUGUUGCGUACGCUGCUCAAGAGUCCUGGGUGUUGAACGACACCAUCAAGAAAAAUAUCGUCUUCGGAGCGCCAUACGACGAGGCCCGGUACAAUAAGGUCCUCGAGCAAUGUGCCUUGAAGCGCGAUCUCACCCUGUUCGAUGCUGGCGACCUGACCGAAGUGGGCGAGAAAGGUAUUACGCUGAGUGGUGGCCAACGGGCUCGGAUCACGCUUGCACGUGCAGUUUACUCUUCUGCGGAUAUUCUUCUCCUCGACGACAUCGUGGCGGCGCUCGAUGUGCACACCUCGAAGUGGAUUGUCGACAAGUGCCUCAAAGGCGAACUCCUUCAGGGACGUACCAUCAUACUCGUCACGCACAAUGUCGCUAUGGUCAGUCCUGUUGCGGACUUCGUCGUCGAUAUGGGCUCCAACGGGCGUAUCUUGAGCCAAGGCUCCCUCGCCAGCGCGCUGGAGCGCGACUCAAAACUUCUCACCGAGGUAAAGGAAGAACGCGCAGAGAUAGAGAAGGCCGAACAGGAAAUUGCACCUGAGAAGGUCGAGGACGCAGAGGCUAAGCCGACCGUAGGAAAGCUCGUUGUUGCCGAGGAGAUGGAAGACGGACAUGUUGGGUGGUCAGCAUUAAAACUAUACAUCGGCAACAUGUCGAAGAGGCCCAUCCUAUUUUGGCUCAUUUAUAUGUCUGGCAACAUCACGAAGCACAUGAUCGGUACCAGUCAAACCUGGUACCUCGGUCACUGGGCCUCCCAGUACGAGACUCACCCGGCAGGCGAGGUUCGCGUCGGACACUACUUGACUGUUUACACGCUCUUAAACGCGUCUUGGAUGGCGGCCGCCGCAUUCUGCGUGUCCUACUAUGUCUUCGGAAGCAUCAGGUCCGCCAGGAUCGUUCAUCAAAGGCUCGUCACCUCGGUCCUGGGCACUACUCUACGCUGGCUGGAUAAGACCCCGACUGCCCGCAUCGUCGCUCGGUGUACCGAAGACAUCCAGACAUUGGACAACCGAAUCGCGAGAGCGACCGAACUCCUCCUCGAACUGGUCGUUUACAUGCUCCUGAAGAUGUUCGCCGUCGUGGUGUUUUCACCCAUCUUCAUUGUCCCAGCCAUCAUGGUUGCCGUCGUAGGUGGCGCAUGCGGCAACCUAUUCAUGAAAGCGCAGUUGUCCGUCAAGCGCGAGCUAAGCAACUCCAAGGCGCCGGUAUUGAGCCACUUCGGCGCUGCUAUCGGAGGUAUCACGUCGAUCAGGGCAUAUGGUGCGCAGGAGGCCUUCAAGCAGAUCUCAUUUACUAGGUUCGAUAGGUGCACACGUGUAUCUGUUACCCAUCAAAACCUCGACCGGUGGGUGUCAGCGCGAAUCGAUCUAGCUGGGACCUUUUUCGCAACCGGCCUCGCCAUUUACCUCACGUACAUAUCGAAAAUGAGCGCCGCCAAUACCGGUUUCUCGUUGAACCAGGCCAUGGCAUUUAGUGCGAUCAUAUUCUCAGUGAUAAGGUCUUACAACGACUUCGAAAUCGCAAGUACUCUGGAGCGUAUAGAUCAGUAUUUGCGCAUCGAGCAGGAGCCGAAGAACACCCCUGAGGGCGUGCCUCCUGCGUAUUGGCCGGCAAGUGGACACCUCUCAGUCGAGAAGCUCUCUGCACGCUACUCAGAGGACGGCCCGCGAGUGCUACAUGACAUAUCUUUCGACGUAGCCUCCGGAGAACGUAUUGGUAUUGUCGGUCGUACUGGGAGUGGAAAGAGCUCGCUCACACUCUCGCUGCUGCGUUGUAUCUUUACCGAGGGUGAUGUCCGGUACGAUGGGCUAUUGAGUGCGAAGGUUAACCUGGACGCUCUGCGCUCCAGCAUGACUAUCAUUCCACAAGUGCCUGAGCUUCUCAGCGGGACUCUUCGCCAGAACCUCGAUCCGUUCUCAGAGCACGACGACGCCGUGCUCAAUGCCGCACUGCGCUCCGCCGGCUUGACCAACCUACAGAACGAAGAGGACCACUCCCGUAUCAGGCUCGACACGGAGAUCGCGGGUGGUGGUGCGAACUUGUCUGUUGGGCAGCGUCAGAUCCUCGCUCUCGCUCGGGCCAUCGUGAGGAGGAGCAAACUUCUAAUUCUUGACGAAGACUACGAGACGGACUCGAUAAUCCAGGCAUCGUUGCGCACUGAACUUGGCAAGGACGUGACCCUACUGACAGUUGCGCAUCGCCUACAAACGAUCAUGGACUCCGACAAGAUCAUGGUCCUCGACGCUGGACGUAUUGUCGAGUUUGGCAAGCCUAACGAACUGCUCCAGAACGAGAAGGGCCUGUUUCGCGCUCUGGUAGACGAGAGCGGGGACAAAGAGAAACUACACGCGAUGGCAACGGGUGCGUCGUCGUCGUAG